AAAACUUUAACACUGUAGCCUUCUACAGCCAUGUUUUUAAACCAAGGAAGGCGCAUUGUCUUACGAACGUACGAACGUGUUCUGCUUAUGUGGAGAACCCCCCUGAUAUGUAGGUCAAGUUUGGAUUCUUUGUAUUUUGUUUAUCAAGUUUAAGCUGCGUUUUCGUCCUUGUGGUUGCUUUAACUUCCUUUUAAACGUUCACUCACCGGAACAUAGUAUGGCGUCCGUCGGCAACCAAGGACCAGUUGUUGGUGAUGUCGAAGAGGAUGCUUCUCAACUUAUCUUCCCUAAAGAAUUUGAGAAUGCAGAGACACUUCUAAAUUCAGAGGUUCACAUGCUGUUGGAACAUCGAAAGCAACAGAAUGAAAGUGCAGAGGAUGAGCAAGAACUUUCUGAAGUAUUCAUGAAGACCCUUAACUACACCGCACGAUUCAGUCGGUAUAAAAACAGGGAAACUAUAGCUAGUGUCCGAAGCUUGCUUUUGCAAAAAAAGCUGCACAAGUUUGAGCUGGCAUGCCUAGCUAAUCUGUGUCCAGAGCCUGCUGAGGAGGCAAAAGCCCUUAUUCCCAGUCUUGAAGGUCGCUUUGAAGAUGAGGAGCUACAGCAGAUACUCGAUGACAUUCAUGUCAAAAUGAGUUUCCAGUAUUGAAUUCCGCUCUCCCCUGCAUUAUAAAACUCCCCUGAAGAACCCAACACACUCAUAAUUACUUCCACAGACUCCGUGAGACUGUUGGGACAUGAUCUAGUCAUUGGACUGGUUUGGAAUCAAAAGGUUCCUAUCUUUCAUACUUAAUAUAUCCUGAGCUCAAAUACUUUAGGUUUGAUGAAAUCGGCCAAUCAAACAGUGUGGUUUGUGUUUCUGAGACAUGACUUUGCAUGUCAUAUUUUAGUGAAUUUUUUUGAGUCAUAUUAUUUCUGUAACUUUGUGUUAAUAAAAAAGUACUUCAUAUUGA